UACAAAAUUUACUGUUGCAGUUUCAGUCUAUGGUAUACCCCGUACUUGGUCGCAAUUUGCUUUAAGCUGUGAAAAAAGUCAUUGAUAUUUUCAAGUUUGGAUAUUUGUUAUCAAUAACAUAGAUAAAAUGAAACUUACAUAAAGAAGCCAGGUGUAUGAACACAACGAGAUUUCGCAUGUAGUUAUUUCGACUAGAUUAAGUGAGAGCAUCAAAUAUAAUUACGUUCAAGUAAACCGAGACGAAGAAGAAUUUUGAAAAUCCAUGAACUUUUUACAACUUUUAUUUACAACAAUGGAAGCAAGUGUUUGCAUUCUUUUUGUUUUCGGCUUGUUUUCUAGCGGAUUCGGACAAGAUGUCACAGAAAGUCCGACGUCAUCGCCGUGGCCAAAAGAUCGCGGCCUUAUUCUUACGACGUAUUAUUCAUGGGCUGAUAGGUACAAAGGCAAGCUGAGACAUUUACAGUCUUAUCCGGGCUACGAGAAUGUCACGGGUGAAGAUGCUGGAUAUGAUGACGCCAUAACCCCAGACAUUCCAGAAAUGAAGUACAAUAAUCCAGAUACAAAUAUGCGAAGUAUAAGUGUCGAUUUUUGGACGAAAACUGUCUUCAUGCACGAUUACUAUUCCAGCGGAAUGGCUUUUGGAACAGGCUUUAAUGAACAAUUGAAGGAUAUUAAAAUCGACUAUAUGCGCAUUGGAGUUUCGAGAGGAAAUAUACAAUUAGCUGUUGAUUGGCUGUCUCAUACUGUGUAUUGGGCCGAUACAGCAUUUCGUUGGAUUGUAGCCGCGCCAGGACAGAAUGACAAAUUGAAGAUGGGCUAUCAUAAAAUCAUUGUUGACAAACAUCUAGAAGCACCUACGGCUAUUGCGGUAGAUCCAUUUAAAGGGUUAUUGUUUUGGUCUGACGUCGGCGUGUAUCCUAGGAUAGAAUAUUCAAAUCUAGACGGAAGUUCGCGACAUAUACUCAUUGCAAACCUUACGAAAAACCCAUCAUCUCUUGAAGUAGACACUGUUGAGCAGAGGAUCUACUGGAUAGACAAAAAUGUCGAUGCAAUACUGACCACUACAUACAGUGGUCAACGUAUCGAUAAGAUAAGAACACUUACAAGAACUAUUUUAUAUGAUAUGGCGCUAUUCAGGACAGUGUUAUAUGUAAGCGAUAUAUACGAUGGUUACUUAUAUACACUGAAUAGGACUCUAGGUCCUGAUAAGGGUAAAAUGGAGGCUGAUAUUAUUACAUUUUACCCGCAAGAUAUCUAUGGGAUUGCAGUAUAUGGUGAGGAGACGCAGCCACGUACAGAUAAAGAUCACUGUGCUGAAUUAAAUUGUGAUCAGAUGUGUCUGACGACAGUCAUGAGCGCAGUCUGCGCAUGCUCAGAAGGAUUCAGGCUAGAUAGCAGUACUGGCAAAUGUCAAAAAGAUGAGCAGGCUUUCACCAAAGCGAUAGUUUUCGCAAAUCAAACACACAUAUGUUGGGUAAAUGUCCAGAUAUUGGCACGUUCCAGCUUUGAUCAUCAGUGUAUUUUCACUGUUAUAAAGCAGAGCAAGACGGAGGAUGUACCUACACCAAACAAAAGGCGAAAAAGGCAAGAUGCAUCACCUUCGACUGCCGCACCAGUCACAUCCAAAGCAACAACCACACCACCAACCACACCACCAACCAAACCAGCAACUACCCCACCAACCAAACCAGUGACCACACCACCAACAAUGCCGGCAACCACACCACCAACUACAACGCCAAAACCAACAACGCCAGCACCAACUACACCGUCGACUACAGUCACAACAACUGUUCCUGUGCCCACAGCGGCACCAGGUGACGUCAUCAAGAUGUUUGAUAUGGACAUGGUGAACAGAGUUAUCUUUUUUGCUACUGUGGAUAACACAAUCUAUAAAAGACCGAUAGACUUGCCGAUUGAAAACGACGCUAAAGAAUUAAUUGUGAAAGCAUCGGGAAAUAUAAGUGGUCUAGCCUAUGAUGCAGUAGAUGGUAAAAACUUGUACUGGUGUGAGUCAGACACAGGAACUGUAUGGCUUUUGAAUACCGUGGACAGAUCAACUAAGAUAGUAAACGAUACUGUUGUUAAUCCAAGAGAUAUCAUUGUUCUAUUGAAAGAGAGGAAGCUGGCGAUGAUUACUGGGGCUGACGGGGACAUGUCCAUUCAAACAUUGACUAUGGACGCAUCUGAAUUAAAAAACGUGAUUGAAGGAAAGAACGAUAUUCCCGCAUUUACCUAUGACAACGAAAAGCAAAGGAUUUAUUACAUAUAUGGGAGUUACAUAUACUAUGGAACACUGGAUGGAGACACUGACAAUUACCAUUCUUAUGGAGUCAACGAGGAUGCAUAUAUUCUCUUCCAAUAUCAGAAUUACAUAUCUUGGGUAUAUCGCAACGAAAGUCAUGUUAAUCUCGUGAAUUCACGUAACCAAGUCACAGGAGUUAACGUGAACAUUGCGUACUUCGACAACUCAACUAUUGUUGAUAUGAAAGCUCUUGAUGUUAAUCUUCAGCAGACAAACGUCAUAAGUCCCUGUGCAUAUGGAAAUGGCGGUUGUUCGCAAAUUUGCAUAACUAAGUAUACAAACGACGUAAUGACUCCCGUUUGCGAAUGCGCUUUAGGAUACACACUUGAAGAUAAAGUCAACUGUACCACAAAGGUCGUUACCGACAAUUUCAUUCUGGUUACUGACUGGACCGACGAAGAGAUACACCAAAUAGGGCUUGACACAAACGAAAUCAAUGUUGUCCCUGGUGACAAAAGUGCCGAGUAUAUGGGUGUCUUCUAUAACCCUGAAAACCAGAAAGUAAUAUGGGCUGAAUACUUCGAAGAGAUCAUAUACGUCGGAAAUCUUAAUGGCACCGAUCGUAAACCGCUCGUUGACUUAGGAAAUAGCGGUUACGCCUAUCGUUUUGACAUGGAUAUGACAACAAAAAACUUGUACUUUACCGCAUAUUACGACACUUUUAUUGGUGUCAUAACACCCAAUGGGACAUAUCGAGUAUUGAAAGAUGAUUUUGGUUGGGACUCCGUUCUGGAUAUUGUUGUUCAUCCUGAGAAAGGGUGGAUGUAUUAUACAGUAGAUGCCUAUCCAACAGGAUAUGUAGGCCGAUCAAAUAUGUUUGGAUUAAACGCGGUUGAGCUUAUAUCAGGCGAAAAUGUUUCUUAUCCAGAUGGUUUGGCUAUAAAUUUUCUAACUGACCGUCUGUAUUGGUCGGAUGCCGAUCAUGACACAAUACAAGACUGCAAUCUGGAUGGUGAAGAUUGUAUAACUAUUGUGAAUAUGACAGGAACUGAACAGCGAGAAGAAAUCAGAGACUUGGUUACGGACGGAAUAUACCUUUAUUACUCAACUUACAUGAAAGAUCACGUGGUACGUAUUGACUUGAAAAAUCCAGGAAAAAGAACAGAAAUUGGCCGGCAUCAUGCAUUAGGAAGACUUGACACAAUCGCCUUGUACAGCAGUGAAAAUCAAAAUGUUCAACGUGUUAACAGAGCUUGUCAAGCUAACAAUGGCCUCGGAGACUGUAGCACAAUAUGCAUACCAAUUGAGGAUGACAAGAAGGCGUGUACCUGUGAAGAAGGAGUAUCGCUUAAACCAGACGGCACAGGACGAAUAUGUGAAAACAUUUACCAGUGCAAAGCCGUUAUUGAACAAAGAAUUAAGUUGAUUUCUAACGUGGGGAAGAAUAUCACAAUAACGUUAGAUAAUACUUGUUCACGACUGUUGCAUGACAAAUGCAGGUACACAUGUCCCAAUAACUACGAGCCGUUGUUAGAUAAUACAUUAUUAACAUGCACCAGCGCCGGGUGGAAUAAAGAGUUCACUACUCUAUGUAAAGAAGUAAGAUGCCCAACCACAGUUGAAAAUGGAAAAGUUAAUGAUGCAUGUAGCAGAGAAGUGGGCGUUAAAUGUCAGUACGACUGUAAUGACGGCUUUGUGAAGACAAGAGAAAUGGCUGUCUGUACCCAAACUGGAAAGUACCAUAUACCGUCAGUCGGACUAUGUACACCAUUCACGUGCAGUGAUACAAUCAAAAAUGUUUUGUUGGAUCAAAAUUGUGACCGAACUAUUGGAAACUCGUGCAAAUACACGUGUGCCAAGUUUUAUACUCCAAAUACGAAGUAUCCCAUGGCAGUAUGUCAGGACGGUGGAUGGAGCCAAGCUUCCUCUGACCUUUGUCAAGAGUCAGUAUGCCGAGACGACUCUUUCCAAAACGGGAAAGUAACUGGAUCAUGUAUGAAGAAAAUUGGCGAGGCAUGUAUGUUUGAAUGUAACCAAGGUUACGUGAAUACAACUCAGAUGGCUGUCUGUAAAAGUGACAAAAUUUGGCAUCCUAAGGAUUCUUGUACACCAUAUUUGUGUAGUGAUUCAAUCGACAAUGGAGUACUAAGUCCAGGCUGUGAAAGGACUGUUGGUAGUUCAUGCAGUUAUACGUGUAAAAAGUUUUAUACCCCAACCGUUAAAAAGUCGCAGGCAGUAUGUCAGGCUGACGGAUGGACCCCAUCUGAACUUUGUAGAGAGUCAGUGUGCGAUGACAGUUCGUUGACAAAUGGCGAUGUUUCUGGAAGCUGUCUGAAGAAAAUUGGCGAUGCAUGUGCAUUUGAAUGUAAACCAGGCUACGUUAACACAACUCAUUUAGCGUUUUGUAAAAAUGACAAGAUGUGGCAUCCAAAAGAUGCAUGCACUGCAUACACGUGUAGUGAUACAAUCGAAAAUGGUGUUCUAGACCAAGGAUGUGCAAGAAAUGUUGGCGGCGUGUGCAGUUACACAUGCAAUAAACACUAUAAUGCUACUCGUAUGAAUGCUACAUGCACUGCUGAUGGAUGGAGCCCAGCUUCUACGGCUCUUUGUGAAGCUGUUGCGUGUUCGUCUACAAUACCAAACGGCAAAAUAUCCGAGUCAUGUGACUUGACAGUAGGGUCGACAUGUGACUACACGUGCACCGUUGGUUACACAGCGACUGAAGUACAUCCUAAUGUGACUUGCAAACGCACUGGGAAAUGGGUAACCGACAAUCUAUGUAUAGUGCCGCCAGCGAAGGAGUCAAAACUGUCAGUGCCCGCUGUUGCUACCGGAUUUUCCUUGCUGGCCGUAAUUGUAAUUGUACUCGUCAUUGCAGUUCUAUGUUUGGUUCGAAGGAAAACAUCAUCUUCCAGCUACGCCUCAUUUGAUGACAGUGGAACUGCAAUCGAGAAUCCUGGAUAUCGACAGAGAAUGAGCUUUCCAGACAUAAAGACGGAUGAUCCGUCUUAUUCACAAGUAGAUGUUUCGCAGAUGAAACCAAUCUCCACAACAUCAUUUAAUGAGAACGUUACAAACAUCGAUGAUGGCAAACUGUGAUUGAUUACGCGUCUCUGACGUCAAUCAUACUGUGUUGAAUGAGAUUUUAUUGAGCGAUAAUUGAUAUUUCAAUGCAUGUGUGUACACUUGUACGUGUAGUAAAAUCCUAUAUAUCAAACAUAAAUGUACUCAGAACUGUUUUGAUACCAGUCCUUUUGAUAGGCGACCUUAACACUACAGUUUUAUAAAAUAUAUAUAACAGAAGUGUAUUGAAAUAAAUUAAAACACUUCAAAGAGGUUAUCAACAUAGUUGAUGACGUAUGAUUGAUUCGUAGCGUUUAAAUUAAUUAAAACACGCUUCUGCUAUACAUUUGGAUACUAAAAUGAAGCAUAUGUUAAAUGAUAAAUUACAUAUAGUAUACCUAUUCCUUAGUCGCUGCAAGUAGGUCGACGUGACGUCACUGUUAGCGUGCAAUUUUGAAAAUUAGAGAACACAUUAACAUAAUGGUUAAAACAGCAUUAUCAGUAAGUUUACAUAUUAUUCUUUUUGUUACAUUAAUUAACAAGUUCAUAUAGAAGCUACAUGUAUAAGUGCAAAAGUUGAUACUUUAUAUACCUUUCGAGAUUUCCUUUUUUAAUAGUAAGAUAAUAUUCCGUUUGUUGUAAAAUACAAUUGUUCGGGAUUUCCAAAUCAUACGGUAAUUUCUAUAAGUGUUGUAUCUAAAAUAUAUUAAAAAUUCUGUUGGUGUCAAUUUUCAGAAUUAACAAAUUUAUCAAACUUUAUGCGGACUAGUUACGUAAUCAAUAAUAAAUAACCACAUUAUAGGUUUCUACAUGCUGAAAUUGAUUGAAAUUUGUUGAUAGAAAGCUUUAUUUUUGACACUUAAAUCAUAGAGGCAAUCUUUGUGACUAAACAACACAUUUCCGCUUAAGCCGGUGCUAGGGAUGUCAGAGGUGCAGCACAUUUGACUAUCUUUCGUGACCAGACUCAGUCAAACCAGUUUGUUAAAAUUUUGCUAGAUUGUGUUCUAUGCUUCCAAAAUAUCUUCAUAGAUUUGAUUUACUACGCAGGAAAGGGAGACUGCUCGGCAAGAGUGGUUAAUGUCAUUGACUUUAAAUCACUUACCUUUCACAGAUGUGGGUUCGUAAUGUCGUGUUUGAUGUAAAAUUCUCUAUGUAAAGAAGCCAUCCAGCUGGCUUACGGCUUGGUAGUUCUACCCAGGUGCCCGCCAAUAUCUAAAACAAUGAUCGAACGGGCACUUGGGAGUCUUCUUCCACCAAGAAAAGCUGGAAAAGUCGCAAUAUGACCUGAAUUGUGUCGGUGUGACUCUAAACUCAACAAAAUAUCACAGCUCCUUUAAAGAUGUACUAUGCUUGUUUUCCACUAUAAAAUGUUCCCGUAAGUACAAUUUGUUCAGGAAAAGCAUCAUCAGUUAUAUUAAACUUGCCUAAACGUAUAAACUUUAUGUGCAUGUAACGAUGCAAUUAUGAUUAAAAUUUAUUGCUGUAUCUAGCAACAACCAUAUGCUUAAAUGAAACAUAUCGCAUAAUACGGCAUAACAUAUUCUAUUGGUGAUUACUUCAUAGUUUGGGCAUAGUACAUCUUUAAACAAGCAGUGAUUCAUAAAUAUUCUGUUUUAUUUUUUUAAACUGUACAUACUGUUUUCAAUGAAUAAAUGUAAAUAAUUAUAUUUACUUUUUAUACGUUUAUAAUAUUUUUACAUUCUGUCAAUAUGUAUAUUUGCUUGAAUUUCUCUAUAAUAUGCUCAAAAGUUUCUCUAAUAUUAUAAAAUAAGUAUACAGAAAUUAUUUUAUGAACUUAUAGGAUAGUAGAGGUAUAUAGUUGAAUUGUAUAUUUGUUUGUAUGUUUGUCUUGUAUGUGUAAUAAGUCGCCAUGUGACUUGGACGUUAAACCCAACGACCUAUGUAUGUAAUAAUGUACAAGUGAUUUGAAUGCUGAUUCUUCGUUCAUAGUGUCCUCAAAUUCAUCCUUUUGACAUGUAUAACCAUUUAUAUUUGAAAUCCAAUAAAAGGAAAUAUAUGCUUUAACUGGAAAA